AUGGGAAAUGAUUUUGAAUAUCAUAAUGAUUUCAAUAAUUUUAAUCAUAAAAUUGCAGAAAGUUUAGGAACUUCAUUUGAAAAUUUUUCAUUUGCAAUUACUAAACCUAGCAUUCAAACAACUUUUAAUUUUUCUAUACCUUCAGAAAGUAAAAAUAAAGAACCAGAAAAUAAAAGGAUAUACAAAUGUAAAAAGCUAUUAUUUACUCAGGAGUAUUUUGAAAAAAUAGUAAAUGAUAAAGGCAAAAAUAUACAAGUUUGUAAAAUUGUGAAUGAAAAUAGUCAAAAAUGUGGCAAAGAAUAUAAGAAUAUAGGAAGUUCAACAGGAAACCUUAUUAUACACCUUCAGGAUAGCUAUAGAAUU